UUAAGAUGACCACAUUUAUACCACCAGUGUUUGUUGGAUCUGCCUUAGUGUGAAGAUGACCACAUUUAUACCUCCAGUGUUUGUUGGAUCUGCCUGAGUGUGAAGAUGACCACAUUGAUACCUCCUGUGUUUGUUGGAUCUGCCUUAGUGUGAAGAUGACCACAUUUAUACCACCAGUGUUUGCUGGAUCUGCCUGAGUAUGAAGAUGACCACAUUGAUACCUCCAGUAUUUGCCGGAUCCGGUAACGACAACAAUAGAACUGAGAAUUAUAAUACAUACCUGGCUCGUCUACUUAUCCCUAACAACGUUGUCCUCGCUCUCUAUCUGUUGGUGGGGCUGUUUGGUAACCUUCUGGUCAUAUAUGUCUACUCUUUUAAGCUCAAGACAAAACGUGACAAUCGUUUCUUCAUACCAUUCCUAGCAUUCCUGGACGUACUCGCUUGCUCUAUUGGAGACAGUUUCGCAAUGUCGUUGAAUAUUCUACCCCUGAAAUACUAUGGAAAUGCGUUGUGCAAAACACUGUGGUUUUUCAGCGAGGCAACCACCAUAGCUUCAGGUCUGUUGUUGCUAGUGAUUGGUUUGCAGAGAUAUCUGAAGGUGUGCAAACCUUUUGAAGCUCAGAUGACUUCUACAUGGAAGAAAAUAGCCCUAAUAGUAACAGUGACGAGUGCGUGUUUCAUAUCUGCCCCAUCUGUGUUGUUCUACGGUGAGAUCCAAUCCUAUUCUUUGGUCAACAUGACUGGAGUCAGGUGCGGCAAGCGUGAUGACAAUGAGUAUCUCGCACAGGGUAUCAUUAUUUAUAAUGUCAUUUUAUGUGCUACAGCGAUCGUGGGGGUUAUAACAAUGGCUGUCCUAUAUGGUCUCAUAGCACGAGUGAUAUAUUAUCAAUUUCUUCGUCACAGAAAAAAAUCAAUGAAUAAGAAAACAAAGCCGCGCAUUAAAAAAAAGCAUUCAAACAAGUCUAACACAUCUACGUCGUGUGAUGAUUCUGAAGGCAAAGUGACGAUGCGAAAAGAUUGUUCUACGGCGUCACCUUCGACAGAAGGUCAAAGUUCGAAUAGUUACCCAACAACACCGGAAACGGAUCUAGAAUCCCAACUACCAUUUCCGGAACCUGAUAUGGAUGAACAAUCAAUAGAUGACGGUGGGGAUAUUGAUCAAAAUAAUACAAAAGAAACAAAGAUAAGAGACAAGAAAGAAGAAAAAAGCUUCAAAAGGCGAUCAUUCGAUGUUUUACGUGAAAACAUCGGUAAUAUACGUGAAAAACUUCAACGAGAGCGAGUUUACAACCACUUUCGUGUACAUCGCUGUACGUACAUGUUCAUGACAAUCACGCUGAUCUUCGUCGUGUCUUACAUUCCACGUGUGGUGCUUAUGUUGCUAGAGUCGUUUGAACCCGAUUUUUGGGGUUUAUUAUCAGAAUCACGACUUCAGGUUUGCUAUUUCCUGUACCGUAUGUACCUCCUCAAUCACGUCACAAAUCCCUUUAUUUACGGACUUUUCGACAGCAGGUUCCGCUCUAAAGCAAAACGACUUCUAUGCCCACGUUUGGUCAAACGAAAAAAACGUAUUUCAAAACGUUAACGACCUGUAAAACCAGCAAUUAUUACAGUGACUAGAAAAAGCUGGAUUUACUAUCCCAAUCAGGAAUUUAUCAUCAGAGAGUCAGUCAUUACUGGGAAUUUAUCAUCAGAGAGUCAGUCAUUACUGGGAAUUUAUCAUCAGAGAGUCGGUCAUUACUGGGAAUUUAUCAUCAGAGAGUCGCUCAUUACUGGGAAUUUAUCAUCAACGAGUCAGUCAUUACUGGGAAUUUAUCAUCAGAGAGUCGCUCAUUACUGGAAAUUUAUAAUUAGAGAGUCAGUCGUUACUGGGAAUCGUCAGUUUUAUUACGUGUAACUGAACCGUUCUCACAUUUUCUGAUUGGACCGUUCAUCUCUUGUAGCUAAGCCUACACAAAUCUUCUGACUAGAUCAUACCGCUCUGAAUGGAUCUUACACAGAUCUCCUCACACAUUUAACACAUAUCUAGUGACUCGCGACUGGAUCCUACACAUGUCACGUGAUUGAAUAAUACUCUCAUUUAGUGACUUCCUACACACAUCCUCGUAACUAGAUUCUACAAACAUCUCGUCAUUGGAUCCUUAACAUAUUUAUUGACUGGAUCCUACACGUAUUUCUUGCAUAGAUCCUACACACGUCUCGUUACGGUAUUCUACAUAUAUCUCGUAACUGAAUCUUUACAUUUCGUAAUCGGAUUCUUUAAACGUUUGGAAUUUCCAUUCAUGAUAAGGACUACUAAGGACAAGGAAAAUGUACAAAUGCUGGAUUCAUUUGUUUAUUUUUUGUAAUAAAUUGUACGUUGAAUUUGA